AUGGCUCAUAAAGGACCUGAACUCAGGGACCAUUAUAAUCCAUAUGACUUGAUAAUUGGUCGAAAUAUGGGUGCUAGGAUCCAUGAUAAUAAUGUUUUCGUUAGUUGCAUUGAUCUAUCAAGCAACAACUUAACCGGAGAAAUUCUAGCAGCAAUCUUGAUUCUUGAAGAAUUAAUUGCACUCAACUUGUCAAGAAACAAGUUAUAUGGAAGAGUUCCUCAAAAGAUUGGCCAGUUGAAAUCGCUUCAAUCUCUCGACUUGUCGAGAAACCAAUUUUUGGGAGGAAUUCUUGACAACAUGGCUGGAUUAAAUUUUUUGAGUUACCUUGACUUGUCGUAUAACUAUUUUUCAGGGAGAAUCCCAUUAGGAACUCAACUCCAAAGCUUCGAUGCUUCUACGUACAAUGGGAACGUCAGGCUUUGUGGUCCUCCACUUACGCCAACAUGCCCUGGAGAUGAAGCUCUCCAUGUUCCUCCUGGAAUUGGUGACAAUAGAGAAGACCAAGAAGAGGGAGAUACAUCCUUGGAGGCAUGCCUAUUUUCACCUCCUAGACAACUUAGAAAUUUGGCUUUACACCACAAGAAUUGUGUGAAUUGCCAAAUGGAGAAGGAAGCUUUAG